UUAUUGUGUAUGUGACUCUCUUUGCUUCCAUGUCCCAUCAUUUUCUUGCUUUUAUAUAAAGAGAGUUAGAUGCAAAGAAAAUCAAACAGAGUAGUGUGAUACUAUCUUCAUCAUCAUCAUCAUCAUCAUGUCUGCUUCAAAAAUCCCUCAAGUAGUGCUGAAAUCUUCAUCCAACCAAUCCAACAUGCCAGUGAUAGCAUUUGGUACAGCAGCUGUAACAAACAACGAUGGAGAAAUCACAAAAGUAGCAGUAAUUGAAGCUAUCAAAUCAGGUUACAGACACUUUGAUACUGCAUCAAUAUAUGGCUCAGAAGAGGCUUUAGGAGAAGCUAUAGAAGAAGCUCUUCAACUUGGUCUAAUUGGAUCAAGAGAUGAACUCUUUAUCACCUCUAAACUUUGGGUUACUGAUAAUUUUCCUCAUCUUGUUCUUCCUGCUCUUCAGAAAUCACUCCAGACCCUGAAAUUAGAAUAUUUGGACCUUUAUUUGAUCCACUGGCCAAUCAGUGUGAAGCCUGGAAAUUGGGAAUUGCCGUAUGCUGAAGAGUUAAUAACCACAUUUGAUUUAAAAGGAGUGUGGACAUCAAUGGAAGAAUGCCAGAAACUAGGCCUUACAAAAUAUAUAGGAGUCAGUAACUUCACUCGCAAGAAACUCGAAGAUCUACUCUCAUUUGCUAUCAUUCCUCCUUCAGUGAAUCAAGUGGAGAUGAAUCCAGUUUGGCAUCAGAAGAAGCUAAAAGAAUACUGUGAAGCAAAGGGUAUAAUCAUAACUGCUUUCUCUCCUUUAGGAGCCAAAGGGGCCAGUUGGGGUAGUAAUGAAGUUAUGGACAGUGAAAUACUCAAGCAAAUUGCAGAGGAACAUGGCAAAAAUAUUGCUCAGGUAUGUCUUAGAUGGUUGUAUGAGCAAGGGGUGACUAUGGCUGUGAAGAGCUACAACAAGGAGAGAAUGAAGCAAAACAUGGAAAUAUUUGAUUGGUCACUUGCAAAAGAUGAUCAUGAAAAGAUUGAUCAAAUCAAACAAAUUCGUGUCAACAAUGGGCCAGUUGUGUUCAUUCCUAACCUUUGGGAUGGGGAAACUUAAGCCUAAUAACUUUAGCAAAAUUAAAGACAAUUUCCCAAUCCGAUUUCAAGGUGCUCAAAUCUAUCAAAAUAUACUAUGCAAAGUAAGCUUAGGGGUGCAAGAAUCUGUCAAAAUAUAUGUUACUCACUUGUUUAUGUAGAAAUACAAAAUGGGCUAGAACGAAACAAAAAAUCGAACUACGUACAAAACACUUCCAUCAUAUAUCCAUUUGGCUAUUUGAUUUUUUUGGCUU